AGUUUCUACUUUGUCUCCGUCACGCAUUUCAUUCUCAUCUUCUCCGUUGCCUUAGCCAAUUUGAUCGUCAUCAUAUUUGUCUUCAUGUCCCCCCUAAAAAACUUCUAUAAACAACAAACCAUUUAGAAAUAAUUAAAUCAAACUCAAAAACCUCAAUAUCCUUACCAUCAAUUUUAAUAUUUGUCUUCAUGUCCCCCCUAAAAAACUUGUAUAAACAACAAACCAUUUAGAAAUAACUAAAUCAAACUCAAAAACCUCAAUAUCCUUACCAUCAAUUAUACUUACUUCACCAUGAAGCCUACAUAUCCUUUCCUUAUGGUAGUUCUACUACUACUCUUCUUGACUCUCCCAACUUACUCACAAACCGAAAACAUUAAGUGCAACAAUGUAGUAGGAGCCAUGAGACCAUGUGUGGUGUUCUUUAGGGGCGGAAGUGGGGUGACUGGGAUUCCUCCAUCCGCGUGUUGUGCUGGAGUUUCAACUCUUUCACAAAUCGCGAACAACACUGCUAAUACUGCGAUUGUUUGUAGAUGUGUUCAUUCAGUAUUCAAAAAUCUGAGAAUCACAGAUGCUACAGCUAAAGCACUUCCUCGCAGAUGUGGAGUCACCUUGCCCUUCUCUUUCUCUCCACAUGUCAAAUGUCCUGGAUAAUUUGAUGAAGUAGUCCAGAGGACACAAAUAACAAAAAUGAAGGCUUGCUGGAAUCAAUAUGAGUUCUAUAGAUAUAUAUAUACUGCAUGAAUUUUGUGUUUUUUUCUUUAGUAAUUUCGUUUUCUUUUUUCCUGGUUCUUUAUGUUAUUUCCGAAUUGCAUGUACUCUUUCGUCUUGUGUUGGUGUGUUUGGAGUUGUAAACAGCAAUCUACACUGGUUUUAUUUUUGCUU